AAGCAGAUUCAGGACAUCAAGAACUUCCUCGAGGUCACCCGCCGCAAGGACGCCCAGGCUGUCCGCGUCAAGAAGAACGGCAAGAUCGUGAAGUUCAAGGUUCGCUGCUCGCGUUUCCUGUACACUCUCACCGUCGCCGACGCCCAGAAGGCCGACAAGCUCCGCCAGUCGCUUCCCCCAGGUAAGUCGCUCAAACGCACCCAGUCCUAA